UUAGUAGGCCCAUCAGUGUUAUCAUCGUCCGAUCUGAAAAAUAAGACUCCGAAGUUGGAGCAAAAAGAGAGAAAUGUUACGGAUUCAGAAGUACAGAGAAUGGGAUUCCUGCUGAGGGUGAGAUUCGCUUCGUUCUUCACCGGAGCCGCUUUGGCGUCGGCUGUCGGCCUUUAUGUCCUCUACGAUGAUUACAAGACUGCUCACCAUGCUCUUUCAACCCAGAUGAAUGUUGUCUAUCAAUCUCUAAAUGGACGUAUUUCAGCAUUGGAGAAGGUGAAAGCUGUUCAGGAAACAAAACACGUGGAAUGUUCGGACUAGCCUUCCCUAAUUGUUUCAUAAUACCAUUGGCAAGCUUGCUAAAGCUUCACCUUUUCUCUUUGACUGAUGGAAAGGCAAUCGUUUUAAAUCACUUUGGACAUCAGUUAUGGUGUUUUUCAAUGCGAUUUUCUACCAUAGUUAUCUGCGUUAUAUUUUCAUGUAUAAUACGUAGUACUAGUUAUCUGUUUUUUUCUCUCCCCCACCCACCCCCAUGAUGACAAUGAUGUGUAAGUCUCUAUGCCAUGUGGCUCACUUUGAAAAAUCUGAAUACAUCCCAAAUUUCUCCAUGAGAAUGGCGCCAACUUAAAACGUGGCAAAUGCCCUUCUAACGUAGAGUUUUUUGCUGGAAAAGAACAUGUUGUGAACCUUCCAAUACACUGGCAGUGCUGAGGUUUU